UAGCGCGGGUAUCGCGUCACACCUGGACAUCACGCAUGCGCCAAGCCUGCCGGCAGUGCCGGUAGAGACGUCAACAUUUCACGCGCCGCGUCGCAGUACGAAUUCCGUCUUCGUGGUGUGCGCAUCGUAUUCGUUCCGUUUUUCUCUCGCCGAAGGAUUUUACAUAUAUCGAUAGAGCGACAUGGCAGUCUCGCUUAACACCGAGGACAAAUUGGAGUAUCAUUUCUACCCCGUGACAGCCGGGCAAAUUCAGUUCCGGAUAAAAGCGCCGAACGAUGCCCACAUCGCCCUCACCACGGGACCCCAGGAAGGGGAUCCGAUGUACGAGGUCUUCAUCGGAGGUUGGAACAACAGCAAGUCCGUCGUGCGCAAGAAUAGAGCUAAGCCGGAGGUAGCAGAAACGGAAACGCCCGACAUUCUGAACGGGGAUGAAUAUCGCGGCUUCUGGAUCAGAUGGGACAAUGGAGUUCUUACGGUGGGCAAAGAAGGCGAGUCAAAUCCUUUCCUGAGCUACGCCGAUCCGGAACCAUUCGGGAUAGGAUACUUCGGCGUUUGCACUGGCUGGGGUGCAACCGGUGAAUGGCUCAUCGAAGGUCGCAAACCUUUGAACACCCCUAACAAGCUACAGUACAAGUUUCAUGCCGUGCGAAGCGGCUCGGUGCUGAUCGACGUGAAAGCUAUGAGCAAUGGGCACAUCGCGCUGACCGACCGGAAGGGCGAGUCGAGUCCCAUGUACGAGAUCAUGCUCGGCGGGUGGGAAAACAAGGCGUCGGUUAUUAGAUACAAUCGCAAACAGCCCGAUAAGGUACGCGUGGACACGCCGAAUCUUCUCACCGAUCGCGAGCACAAGAGGUUCUCGAUCACGUGGCUCGAGGGCCUCAUCACGGUCAGAUCAGGCGGUCCAAGCGGCGCCGUCCUCAUGGAAUGGCGAGAUCCGAACCCCAUUGGCGUGAGCUAUGUGGGGGUGCGCACCAGUUGGGGCGCGACCGGAAACUGGAAGCUCCGUUUCGAACAUUAUCCCGCAGUUGCUACCGGUCAAAAGAAAUAUCCUAGCACGACGCCGUCCGCGCCGGCGGAAGUCCGUGGACUCGACGCGGGAAGCGUGUGCUGGUGUGACGCGUCCGGCGGGAUGGUACCACCCGACGCGGUCGAGGGUGGACACGACGAGGAGCCUCUGUUUGUCGGUAGGGCUCAUCACGAGGGUGCCCUCAUCCCCGGCAAGGUGAAGCCCGGUCAUUCCGUCUGCUACGUUGCCUGGGGCGGCGCGGAACAUGGAAAAACCGAUUAUCAGGUCCUUUGCGGCUGCAAACCCACUUGGGUGCCGGUAAGUGGCGGCAGCAUCCCGCCGAAUGCGAUUCCAGGAGGCGAGUCCGAAGAUGGCGAGCCGCUGUUCGUUGGCCGUGUACACCACGAGGGUACCGUGACCAUCGGCAAGGUGCAACCAUCUCACAACGUGUGUUAUAUACCUUUCGCUGGUUCCGAGGUUGCCUCCUCUGAAUAUGAGAUCAUGGUCGGACAAUAAUCGUCCCGAAAUAUCCUGCGGUUAUGAAAAGAGAAAUCCACGAUGAGAUUCGUCACCGACUUAUUAGCAGUUCUGCGAAGAGGACAGCGAAAAAUUAUUUUAAACGACAAUUUCAACAAUAAUCGUAUUAUACGAAACUAUCAUUGCGUUAAAAAAAGGGAAAAUUAGACGAAAUCUUUAGUUCACAAAUUUAGUGAUAUUUGUCUAAAUCUCGUUUCUGUCAGAUUUUUACUAACGUUUUGUUUGUUUAUUUAUCUUAUCUGAACAAAAUAUGUAUUACGAAAUUUAUGAAUAAGGAAUCUCAAGUGUGCAAACUAGUCUAAUUACGUAGUAAGUCGAUAAAAUUGAAAGAUACUGUAGAACUGAUUGAUAAGCCGGAGAUGUACUGUUCGCUACCGUCUAUGCAAAGUGUCUGCUUUUCGCACAGAAUAUAAUUGCAGUCAUGCUA